GUUCACGAAACCCCCUGUGUAUGAAUGUAAACUUGCUCUCAAUUUUGGCACAUCCUGUAUAUCAAGGUUACGUCAAAUUAUGUCAUUGGAAUUACGUCAAACGUCAUAUGAUUUUGACACUGACAUACGACAUUAAUAACAAUGGCCGCCAUAUAUGGAAAUUUCUAGCAAGUUUUUGAAUUUGAACGUAAUUUUUGAGUAAUUAUACGAAAUAUUUUAACUCCAAAAAGUGAUAACAAUGGUUUUGAAUAAUUAAGUGGUCUUUUGAAAUACAUAUUGUGGCGUGUAAAUAGUAUUUUACGAGAGAAAAUAAGCUUAAAAUAUCUGUGCAAUCAUGGCAUACAAAGCUUACGUGUUUUAUAUAUCAUUUUUACUUGUGAUUUUUUCAAAAUGCGCUUAUCUAGAUGAUAGCAUAAAGCCUAAUGAACUGGCACAUCAAAAUGAAGGCAUUACAAACCAGCAGAAUACGAAUAAAAACCAAACCAAUACUACUACUAUUUCUAAAACUGGUGGUAUGGUGAGUGAUAAAAACAGUGGUGAUAGUAAAGAUAGUGUUCCAAAGGAUAUAGCUUCAAGCAAAAAAGAUAAUGCAGAAGCUGCGAGUGAUAAUAAUGCCAAAGCUGAUAGUAAUAGUGAUAACACAAAAGCUACAGUAGAUGUUAGUCCUAAUCCUCUAAUAAAUGUUACAACAAGUACGUUGAGUAAUAAUAACAGUUCAGAGAAGAGCUUAGGAACAUCAACAGUGAAGCCAAAUAGUACCACAACAAAUAGUACUGAAGCUCCCCAUACUGUUGAUCCAGUACCUGUCUUACCAGACAAGGAGGCAGCAGAGGAAGAACACAACAGUUCCAUGGCUAUAUUCUUUGUAUUAUGUGUGCUAGCAUUAGGAAUUUUACUAAUACAUCUUAUGUUACAAACAGGAUUCCAAUAUGUCCCAGAAAGUGUUGUGAUUGUCUUCUUAGGAGCACUUAUAGGCUUGAUAAUGAAUACUUUAUCUAGCAGAAAUAUUUCAAAUUGGAGGAAAGAAGAGGCAUUUUCACCAACUGCCUUCUUCCUGAUACUAUUACCACCAAUCAUAUUUGAAUCAGGAUAUAACUUACAUAAGGGGAAUUUCUUCCAAAAUAUUGGAUCUAUACUAGUCUUUGCUAUAUUGGGAACUACAAUAUCAGCAUUUGUGAUAGGCUUUGGUAUAUACUUUCUGGGGCUGGCAGACGUCGUUUAUAGAUUAGGCUUUGUCGAGUCAUUUGCCUUCGGAUCUCUAAUUUCUGCAGUAGACCCUGUAGCAACUGUAGCUAUUUUCCAUGCCCUGAAUGUUGACCCAGUUUUGAACAUGCUGGUCUUUGGUGAGAGCAUAUUGAAUGAUGCUAUUGCUAUUGUACUCACAAAUGCUGCACUGGAGUCAAAUAAUCCUAGUAUGAGUACUGGAGAAGCUAUUGUUUUGGGCAUUCAAAGAUUCUGCUUGAUGUUCUUCGCUUCAGCAGGCAUAGGAGUUGUGUUUGCUCUGAUCAGUGCUCUAUUACUGAAGCAUGUAGAUCUAAGGAAGAACCCAUCUCUAGAAUUUGCAAUGAUGCUUGUUUUUACUUAUGCACCAUAUGUACUAGCAGAAGGUAUUCAUCUGUCUGGAAUUAUGGCAAUUUUAUUCUGUGGUAUUGUGAUGUCCCACUACACUCACUUUAAUCUGUCAACUGUCACACAAAUUACAAUGCAACAGACACUCAGGACUCUGGCCUUCAUUGCAGAAACAUGCGUUUUUGCAUAUCUAGGUUUGGCAUUGUUUAGCUUUAAACACCGCGUGGAACCUGCCUUAGUUGUAUGGAGUCUCAUUUUAUGCCUAAUAGGAAGAGCUUGUAAUAUUUUCCCACUGGCAUACUUGGUGAACAAAUUCAGAGAACACCAAAUCACCAGGAAAAUGAUGUUUAUAAUGUGGUUUUCUGGACUUAGAGGAGCGAUUUCCUAUGCUCUGUCACUCCAUUUGAAUUUUAGCGAUGAAACUAGACAUGUUAUUAUAACAACAACACUGAUCAUAGUGUUGAUAACGACACUCUUCUUUGGAGGUUCAACCAUGCCACUACUGAAGUUCAUGCAAGCCACCAAAAAUCCUUCUCGCCGUCUCAAAAAACGCAAGAAGGAUAGAGAAGUGACAUUGAGUAAGACUAGAGAGUGGGGACAAGCUCUGGAUUCUGAGCAUUUGUCAGAAACUACUGAGGGUGAAAUGGAGGUGACUUUCACUUCAGAUAGGAUUAAAGGCUUCGUCAAGUAUGACUUGAAGUAUUUCAUACCUUUCUUCACUAGGAGGUUCACACAACAGGAACUGAAAGACUGCAAGAGCCAGAUGACAGACCUGACGAACCAAUGGUAUCAGGCGAUACGCAUCUCGCCCGACCAAUCUGAAGAUGAAGAUAGACUUACAACCAAUACCGGACGAUCUUCGAUAUCAAGCAUAGUCCGCUGACCUUCCGUCCGCGUAGAGGUAAAACCGCACCGUUUCAUUUACAAAAGAAAAUCUGUAUAAAUGUCUUUCAUUGAACACAAAGGAAGAUGUUCUGGAAGUAGAGACUUUCCUUUUCAGACGUUUGAAAAGACAAAAUUACGAUUAGUUCUCACUGUUCAUUUAAGAAAUUUCUAUUACUUGCUUUUAAAUACUGUUCGAAGUUGUCGCUAUUCGAUUCAAAUACAAAUUUAUUAACAUCUCCUCAAUUUGCAACAUUUGGAGCUGUCUAGGUCUUCUAUUGCGCGACGUUCUUAUAAACGGCCGAUGCACGAGAUAAACACACCUAGGCUGAGCGGGAUGGAACCUUCCAGGAAAACUAUCGGAAUACACUGACAACUAUUAUCAAACCGACAAGUUCGUUAUUGCUACAAGGAUGUGCCUUUGAUGGUUUUUCAAAUCUAGUUUAUGAAUAAACAUCUUGGCUUACGCGAAUGGUGCGUGAAACGUGGAUUGGGUACUGACAUUUUCACCUAAUCAUAUGCAGGAGCCAGGGCCUUAUUUGAUAUCGUAUAUUUUUUGGGAACAUAAUAAAUCGCUUAAAACUUUUGUGUUACUAGAAAAGAAAUUGCUUAUUUACAUUACAUUACAUAUUACAAAAAACUACACGCUGCUGUAGGAAGGAAAGUCCCAACUUUAAGAAUGCCAUGUAUUGACUUUUGACUACGAGUUUUUAUACAGGGCUUCUCCUAAAUAUACUGGAAAGAUUUAUAGGAAUAUUUUCUUGAAAGACGGUUUCUGGAAAACCACUUCGUAUCGAAAAUCUUGGAAGGCCAAUAUAUUUACGAUAAAACACUUGCAUUCCUACUGAAGGUGUCUAGUUAUUCUCUGUUGGUAAGAAGUUUCACAAAUGAUUUUUGCCGUUGAAAAGUGUUAUGCAAAAUAUUGUGUCUUCAAAAGGUGCAAGAUAGUCCUCAAACAUUUGCUCUAUGUUUGGGAAGCACUCGUAUCACUUUUUAUAUUAAAACAAGUUUUACUAUAUUUCUUAAAGAUUUUUAGAACAUUAUUGGAACUAGAUGAAUUUUCAAAAAUCUGUGCUUUGUAUGUAAUACUUACUCUUUAGCCCAAAGUUUUUCCUUUGUUUUGGUGAUGAAUGGCUGAUUGUUUUGUAAAUAACAAAAGUAUUGUAAAUAAGUAUUGUUAUGUGAUACUCGUUCUUGUAUAGAAUUGUUUGGCUUUAAGCGAAAAAUGUCAAAUGUACUUAAAACUUUUACCUGUGAGGUAACCAAAUGUUGAUUUUUGUUAUAAAUAGAGUGUAUCACAAAUUAACUGUGUUUUCUGUUAUCAACAUGGUAUCUCCUUAGUAAGUGGUUAGUACGCAACAAGAGGCCUAUCUGGGUUAGUUUGGAAAGAGCCUACUAUUUAAUCACAUAUUGAAGCAGCAAACAUUAUAGCAUGUUUUCAUAUACAGGGUGUUCAUUUGAAUACUUCCCACAACGGAUUUAUUGAAAACCACUGAUUAAAAGAAAAAACGCCGAGACACGUCAAAAGAUUUUUCAAGGGAGAUAACUUUUUAGCCAAAAACUACUUCACCCUCUGCUCCCCAGGGUCACCCCCUUAAAAAUUUUAAAAGACAAAGGGAUACCGAGUAAUACCUGGUUU